ACGUUUAUUCUAAGCUAUGUCUGCAUAGCCUGAAAGUUCGUCUAGAUCUGUUACGUCAUCACUCGAACGAGUUUGUUUACGGUUACACCACAAUUUCUCGGAAAUUACGAUAUUCAAAAAGGCGCAUUGUUUGUCGGCGAAAAGUCACCAGAACUACAUUUCAAACUAGCCACAGUUCAAUCUUCACUUGCAGUGAUGGCCUUUUUUAGCUCAAAAGAGGAAGACGUCCAUCCGAGGAAAUUUGAAGUUGUGAUCUAUGAAGAAGAUUUCAAACAGCUAUGCGCUUGGGUGCUCAUGAAAACGAACAUCGAAACUGGUGGAGAUUUGUUUGGUUUGUGGGCUGACAAACACACCGCUGUUAUUCAGUUUGUUGUCGGUCCUGGCCAAAAUUGUCGAAGAUCUUCAGUUUCUUUCUACCAAGAUAUUAGCUACUUGGAGGAGAUUGGUUCUCAGAUGACAAAAGGUGAAGGCGUUUGUCAUAUUGGCGAGUGGCAUUCCCACCAUCAACUUGGUCUCGCCAGGCCAAGCGGAGGAGACGAGAAUACUGUGUGGAACAACAUGCCCACCUACAACUUGAAGAGGUUCGUGAUAUUCAUCGCCAAUUUAGAGCAGUCAGAAAAAGACUCCUACAGUGUGAAUAUUGGCUGCUUCCUGUUUGAGCUUGAGAGUGUCAAUGGAAACGAGAAACGACUUCCGGUAUCGCAAGGAACGUUCAAAAUACUGCAAAAAGAGAAUCCAUUGAAUGGGAAACUGUUGGAGAAGAGAAACGAAGGUGCAGAGUAUGACGAAAAAGAGGUAGAGAUGGAAGAUCUGAAGCUAGAGAUAUCAGAUGACGGACCCCCCCGAGUAACUUACGUUAUAGAAUCCUCACCCCUAACGGAGAGAAAAAGACGACAUCAUGAAGGCAGGUCUGCCUCGCCUGGAGAUGAAUCAGUGGAUGAAAUGAUUGAACCUAACAGAAAGAAAAGGUCCUCCCGUAAGUAACGGAAACAGUCAGGAAGAUAAGUAGAGAAGCGGAUCAAUGCGGAAUUUAAAUGAACAGAAAAGUGAAAUCGUGAACAAAACUGUGAGCGGCUAUGGACUGACAGGGAAAGAAAAAUAACCUUCCAAGGCUAUGAAAAUAACACCUCAAGACAAGACAGGAUCACCACCCGAUGCAUGGAACUGUACUUGGGAGGACAAAAGCAGAACAACAACCAGAUGGUGGAGCAGCCGCGAAAAAGGUCUAAGAGAGGGGUAGCAGUGAGAAGAAAGGUGCCUCUAAAACUGGACCGAAUCUAAACACCACCAAAAUGAAUUACAAUUAAGUCUGACUGAGACAUUGUUUCUUUAACUAAUGCAACUUUGACCACUGAACUUCAUUCAUACGCGUAAACAGGUAUUAAUAACAAUAUUAUUAUGCUUGCUUUAUCUAAAAAGCGCAAUUUUCGAUUCGCGGCUGAAAGUAAUCAGGGAUUGUAAUGGUUCAACCUUCCUUUGCUCUGUGAUUGGUGAAAAAAUUCGCGCCAUGCGCUGAAUCAAUUAAUUUCAAAGAACCACAACCCUAUACCCGACUGGGGGACCUGCCGUUUUAUGCGCUCACCGUUAUUUGUAUUUCCUUUGAUAUUUUCCUGUUUUGUGAUUGGACUUUGUGACUACUCAGUUUGGUUCAGGUCUCGCGACAGUUACCUUAAAGCGGCCUCUAUCCUGCAAUAAAUCGUGACAUACGGGCCAGCGACUACUGUGGUCCUAACACAAACACAAAUUAAAGCAGCCUCUCUCCAAAUUCAGUGACCGUGUUUGCAUAGGGAAAUGGAACAUCCAGCCAGACUUCUCUCUUUUUUUUUGCACUAUAAUAGAUUUUUUAAUUUGAUGUGAGAUAAAAACUUACUUGACAAUCUAGAUGUCCAAUCUUCAUUGAUUUCUUCUGAUAUUAAACGUUAAAUAAAACAUCAACAACCUCGUUUGUAAUUAGGCAGCAAGUACCUCGGCGUUUAACAGACUCGAUUUGUUUUGUUUUAAUUUCGGCGAAUGAAACCAACUUGGUUUUACUUUACUCGUGGGUUUUGCUUAGUCAAUGUCAACAAAGGAGGCUGUGUUUACUUAUACCAACGCUAUCAGUUCUUUAUUAUUAAACAUGUUCAUGGAAACGUCAUAGUUAAACGCUUGAAUGUAAAUAAUGUAGAGGCAUGAUCUCCAUAAGAACUAAUGUGUUAAUAUAUAUUUACAGCGAAUUUCGAAUAAUCAGUUUCAAGAAAUACUCAUUUAGAGAGU